AGAGAGGAGAGAGGAGAGGGAGAAGGAGAGAGGGGCAGAGGAGAAGGGAAGAGGGAGAGCAUGCAAGACAGGAAGGAGCGCCUUAGAGUCUCUGAAGCCCGAAAGAGAUAACCGAUUAGGAAUUUUUUCGGGCAACUGUCAUCCCGGAGAGCAGCCAGAGAAUCACCAUCACCCCAACUCUGACGUUUCCUACCAGAAGUUAGACUUAAGCAGUAUUGACAUCGGAGGGAAAUGGUAUGCCUGAUGCUGUGGAAAAUACCCCUGAGCUGAAGAAGUGCAACUGGAUGUUGUGUGUGUGUUAAAUACCAGAAGAGCCCAGACCCCGUGGUAAUAGAGACGAAAAUGUGAAGAGAAUGACUAACGACAAAUCUGUGAAUUUGUUCUCUGGAGUUGCUAAUUUGCCAGCCCGAAGCAACACAAUUCACAAGGAGGAAACGUUUUGCUGCUUCUGAUUUCUCCCCAAACUGGUGCUACCAGAUGCAUGGCUUUCUAUGUGUUGGAACAAAUCAUUCCUAACUGCAGCAUACCGGGAAAGGGGAAAGGUUGAGGCAACUAACUGGCUGUCUCCAAAUAAGCGAUGAGAUGUAAUGCAUCCUCCAGUCCAUGCACGCUUCCUCUUGCAAUUCGUGCAUCAUCCCUCAGUGGAAACCUUUAAACCCUAAAAUCCAGGAAAAGAAAAUAAAUACAUUAUCAUGGACCUGAGGGAUUUUUACCUGUUGGCUGCUCUGAUUGCCUGUUUAAGGCUGGAUUCUGCAAUAGCUCAAGAACUUAUUUACACUAUUAGAGAGGAAUUGCCUGAAAAUGUGCCCAUAGGAAACAUACCAAAGGAUCUGAACAUUUCUCACAUCAAUGCUGCCACAGGGACCAGUGCCAGCCUUGUCUACAGACUGGUUUCUAAAGCUGGGGAUGCCCCUUUGGUGAAAGUAUCCAGUAGCACUGGGGAAAUUUUCACAACCUCCAAUAGAAUAGACAGAGAAAAACUCUGUGCUGGAGCCUCUUAUGCUGAGGAGAAUGAGUGUUUCUUUGAACUUGAGGUAGUGAUCCUCCCCAAUGAUUUUUUCAGGCUGAUCAAAAUAAAAAUAAUUGUCAAGGAUACCAAUGAUAAUGCCCCCAUGUUUCCAUCCCCUGUCAUCAAUAUUUCCAUUCCAGAAAACACUUUGAUCAACAGCCGCUUUCCAAUUCCAUCAGCAACAGAUCCUGACACAGGCUUCAAUGGUGUACAGCAUUAUGAAUUGUUAAAUGGGCAGAGUGUUUUUGGACUGGAUAUCGUGGAAACUCCGGAGGGAGAGAAGUGGCCGCAAUUGAUUGUUCAGCAAAACUUGGACAGAGAACAGAAAGAUACCUAUGUGAUGAAAAUCAAAGUAGAGGAUGGAGGCACUCCACAGAAAUCCAGCACGGCCAUACUGCAGGUCACAGUAAGUGAUGUAAAUGACAACAGGCCAGUGUUUAAAGAGGGUCAAGUGGAGGUGCAUAUUCCAGAGAAUGCUCCUGUGGGCACCUCUGUAAUUCAGCUCCAUGCCACUGAUGCAGAUAUAGGCAGUAAUGCUGAAAUCCGGUACAUUUUUGGUGCCCAGGUCGCCCCUGCAACCAAAAGGCUCUUUGCUUUAAAUAAUACUACUGGGCUGAUUACAGUUCAGAGGUCCCUAGAUCGAGAGGAGACAGCCAUUCACAAAGUGACAGUGCUGGCUAGUGAUGGCAGCUCCACUCCUGCUCGAGCAACGGUUACCAUCAAUGUCACUGAUGUAAAUGAUAACCCUCCUAACAUAGACCUCAGGUACAUUAUAAGUCCCAUCAAUGGCACAGUGUAUUUAUCUGAGAAAGAUCCUGUCAAUACAAAGAUUGCCCUAAUUACAGUUUCAGAUAAGGACACAGAUGUGAAUGGCAAAGUGAUCUGUUUUAUUGAAAGAGAGGUCCCAUUUCAUUUGAAGGCAGUAUACGAUAACCAAUAUUUGUUAGAGACCUCCUCUUUGUUGGACUAUGAGGGCACCAAAGAAUUCAGCUUUAAAAUUGUUGCCUCUGAUUCUGGGAAACCCAGUUUAAAUCAGACUGCCCUGGUAAGGGUUAAGCUUGAGGACGAAAAUGACAACCCACCAAUUUUCAACCAGCCUGUAAUUGAGCUGUCAGUUUCUGAAAACAACCGACGUGGGUUAUACUUAACAACUAUUAGUGCCACAGAUGAAGACAGUGGGAAAAAUGCGGACAUUGUUUAUCAGCUUGGACCGAAUGCCUCCUUCUUUGAUUUGGACCGAAAGACAGGAGUUUUGACAGCCUCCAGAGUCUUUGACAGAGAAGAACAGGAGCGGUUCAUUUUUACAGUAACUGCCAGGGACAAUGGAACCCCUCCCCUCCAAAGCCAAGCGGCCGUGAUAGUUACUGUUCUGGAUGAGAAUGACAAUAGCCCCAAGUUUACUCAUAAUCAUUUUCAAUUUUUUGUGUCUGAGAAUCUGCCAAAGUAUAGUACUGUGGGGGUAAUCACAGUGACAGAUGCAGAUGCUGGAGAGAAUAAAGCUGUGACUCUCUCCAUUCUAAAUGACAAUGAUAAUUUUGUGCUGGAUCCCUAUUCUGGAGUCAUAAAGUCAAAUGUCUCAUUUGAUAGAGAGCAGCAGAGUUCCUACACUUUUGAUGUCAAAGCCACUGAUGGAGGACAACCACCUCGUUCCUCCACCGCAAAAGUAACUAUCAAUGUCAUGGAUGUCAAUGACAAUAGCCCAGUUGUCAUUUCUCCACCUUCCAACACUUCUUUUAAGUUGGUACCCCUCUCAGCCAUUCCUGGCUCUGUGGUAGCAGAAGUUUUUGCAGUGGAUAUCGACACUGGGAUGAACGCCGAACUGAAGUAUACAAUUGUGAGUGGGAACAACAAAGGCUUGUUUCGGAUCGAUCCAGUAACAGGUAACAUCACUCUGGAAGAGAAGCCAGCACCUACUGAUGUGGGCUUGCACCGUUUGGUGGUCAAUAUAAGUGACCUGGGAUACCCUAAGUCUUUGCACACACUCGUGCUUGUUUUUCUUUACGUUAAUGACACCGCUGGGAAUGCCUCCUAUAUCUAUGACUUGAUUCGCAGGACUAUGGAGACCCCACUGGAUAGGAACAUAGGGGACAGUAGCCAACCCUAUCAAAAUGAGGACUAUCUCACCAUCAUGAUUGCCAUCGUCGCAGGGGCCAUGGUGGUCAUAGUGGUGAUCUUCGUCACCGUCCUGGUGCGAUGUCGCCAUGCAUCGAGGUUCAAAGCAGCUCAGAGGAGCAAGCAAGGUGCUGAGUGGAUGUCCCCAAACCAGGAGAACAAACAAAACAAGAAAAAGAAAAGGAAGAAAAGAAAGUCUCCCAAGAGCUCUCUUUUGAACUUUGUUACAAUUGAAGAGUCCAAACCUGACGAUGCAGUUCACGAACCUAUCAAUGGGACAAUAAGCCUGCCCGCUGAGCUGGAGGAGCAAAGUAUAGGAAGAUUUGACUGGGGCCCAGCCCCUCCAACAACCUUCAAGCCUAACAGCCCUGACCUGGCCAAGCACUACAAAUCUGCUUCUCCACAGCCUGCUUUUCAUCUUAAACCAGACACUCCGGUUUCCGUGAAAAAGCAUCAUGUGAUUCAGGAACUCCCUUUGGACAACACCUUUGUCGGGGGUUGUGACACCCUCUCCAAACGCUCUUCCACUAGUUCAGAUCACUUCAGUGCCUCAGAGUGCAGUUCCCAAGGAGGCUUCAAGACAAAGGGCCCCUUACACACCAGACAGUGUAACUCACACAGCAAAAGUGACAAUAUUCCUGUCACUCCUCAGAAAUGUCCCAGCUCUGCGGGUUUCCACAUUCAGGAGAAUGAAGAAAGCCAUUACGAGUCGCAGCGCCGCGUUACGUUUCACCUCCCCGACGGCUCCCAGGAAAGCUGCAGUGACAGUGGUCUAGGCGACCACGAGCCGGUGGGUAGUGGAACCCUGAUCUCACACCCUCUUCCUCUGGUUCAGCCACAGGACGAGUUCUACGACCAGGCCUCUCCGGACAAGAGGACCGAAGCAGAUGGCAACUCCGACCCCAACUCUGAUGGGCCUUUGGGUCCCCGAGGAUUAGCUGAAGCCACAGAGAUGUGCACUCAAGAGUGCUUGGUUUUGGGUCACUCUGAUAAUUGCUGGAUGCCUCCUGGCUUGGGCCCAUAUCAACACCCUAAAUCUCCUCUCUCAACCUUUGCACCCCAGAAAGAAUGGGUCAAGAAGGACAAGCUUGUGAAUGGGCACACCCUUACCAGAGCCUGGAAAGAAGAUAGCAACAGGAACCAGUUCAAUGACCGUAAGCAGUAUGGCUCCAAUGAAGGCCAUUUCAACAAUGGCAGCCACAUGACAGACAUUCCUCUGGCAAAUCUGAAGUCUUAUAAGCAAGCAGGAGGUACUAUUGAGAGUCCGAAGGAGCACCAACUCUAAAAAAAAAAAAAAAAAAAAAAAAAAAAGGCUAUAUGGGACC